AUGGAUUUAUGCGGUGCAGCAACCGCUCAAACCAAGUUCACAGAAGCGGGAGAAGGUUCAGGGAACGAUAUUGAUGAUCACUCUGCAGAUAUCCUUGUUGGUUCAAUGCAUAUUAACGAACUCACCUUUUUACUAGCUGUAUUUUUUCUCUCUUGGCUUUUUAAACGCCUUGUCACACAGCAGCACUUCAGCAAAGCUGACAAACAUCCAGUGGUCGUUCCCGACGUAAGAGAAGCGAAGAAAGAAAGUGCGCUGGAAGACGAAGAAGCUUUUAUGAUUUCAGCUGAUGCAUCUUUUGCUGAAAGUUUGAACGCUGAUGAUGAACUUGCAGUAAAUAGUGUUGUUGCUUCUAUGCUAUCGAGGGUAUGUGAUUCUGAACUGGAUCAGAACAGACGUGAACGAAGAGUUCUUCAGGGAGAAGUGCAAGUCACACAGGCUUAUAAUUUGGAUUCUGAUAGCAGUUUCACUAUUUCUGCUAUCCUAGCAAAGCUUAAUGAUCCUCAAAAGAAACUAAAUAGACGUGAACGAAGAGCUCUUCAAAGAGAAUUGGAAAUUGCCCAAGGUAUACAGAAAAUCUAUUCGGCUUCACAAUCGUGUCCAAAUCAACCAUCUUUAGCUGGCGAUUCUUUCCCUCAUUGUUCUUUGCCAGAGAACGAACCUCAUACACUCACGAAGUUAUCACUGGUGGCGAAGAUUCCCCUGGGUGAUGCAACGUACGAUAUAAAGUGGUUGUUCAAUGGAUGUGAGAAGCAGUUUCUCGCUACCACUGCCAAGCAUCAUCCAAUACAUUUAUGGACUGAAUACGGCACGAGCGUAAGAAUAUCAAUUACAGAGAAGCAGACCGGUGGCCAAAAGUCUAUUGUGUCGUGUAUUGCAAUGAACAAAGCCUUUGACGGAGUAUACGCUGCAGGAUCUUAUGAUGGAAAUGGUGAGCUCGUUAUCACUUCUUGUUCAUUUACCCAUUUAUUGCAACUCGUCUUCCUGUUCGGAUCGAUGUACUUCAUGUGCUUAUGUGCUCAACCUAAAGAGGAGAAAAGUCAAGGACGAAUGCCUAUUAAUAGGAACACUCAGCAGUUAGCGUUGCAGUUUGCUUCUUCGUCGGGAUCAGUUAACAGAGUUAAAACAGAAGCAAUUAGGAACAAACCGUCUGUGCUGGAACAAAAAGCAACUAGUCAAGCUUCAGCUGAAGUGAAACAAAGCUUAGCUCAAGAUGGCAAAAAGUCAAGCAGAAAAGGCGGUGAUCAGAAGCCCGAUUCUGUUCGAAAAAGGAAAAGGAAAGAUGGAGAUUCCAUAUCGAUCCAAGAUACUGAGGGGAAGCCACAAGAGAAUUUGGCUUUGCUGGCCGCAGCUGAGCAAAUGGAGAAUGACAACUGUGAAGGCAAAACAUUAAGUGAAGUGAACAAGGCCGAUUUGGCAUUACUGCACGAAGUCGAGAACAUGAAGCAAGAACAGAGCGCAUAUGAGAAUUUUGGGCCGUCAGGUGGCGACGCGGAAGGAGCAGAUAAUGCAAAGAAUGCUACAAGGCAGAAAUCACGACGGGCACCUAAAACAGAAAAGAUUGUGCGAAAUCUGGGUAGUGAUUUCGAUGUGGAGGGUACACAGGUUGAAAAAUCGGCCAGCCGUAAAUUAUUACCUGAACCCGCGCCACCAUUAAGGGAAAGAAGAAGUGCUUCGCAUUCAAAGUAUUAUGAUAGGUAA